GCAGCAGAGAGAUUGGAACAGAGAGAUUGGAACAGCUGUGAAAAGGAGAGCGAAAAGCAACAAUAGCACUCUUAUUCAAAGAGGACACAUGGAGAAACGGUGAAUAGGUGCAGAUAGAGAGUCGGGUCAUUUUCCACGCAGGCUGAAAAGUAUGCUGCAAAUGAAUGGAUUUGGUGUGGUGUUGAAUUGGGUCAUGCAGACCCCAAGAAGAGCGAAAGAUAAACACACACCCGCCUCUAGUUGCCUCGCAGGUUGAGGGUGGAUGUGCGCUUUCAAGAGACAAACGGGCAAUCUUACCGACCAUUCGCCAAACCAUAGAAGAUAACGGAGUCAAUUCUCCAUUGGCACCGAAUAACCCUAAAUAGAAGAGCGCCUUUACGCACAGAACCAAACAGAGAAUUACUAUCAACACAGAGGGGAAAACAAGACACAAAGACGGACCUGAAGUCAGUUCACACUAUAGGCUAUUCAUUUUUCAGACAAGAGAACCCUGCAUAGUUGAAACAAAAACACAACUGCAGUUUAAAAAUAAAACUUUCAUAUAUGGACUCAUUCGUUGAUGUUGAAAUAUGAUUCAUUUAAUUUAAAAUAGAAUAGUUUAAAAAAAACAGGAGAUCUCUUCGGUUUAUUGCCACCAAACCCCGGUGAAUCAACCGGUCAGUUGAAGAGCGCAGGGUCUCCUCGCGCUGCGCAAAUGCAGGACCAUGGAGGAGACAGACAGGUCGCCAGCAGUGUGCCCCACAGCGUCAAAGCGAGCCUGUCUCUGUCUCCGUCAGGGCCGGGCCAGGUGGGCAGCGGCAGGGGCUCUCCCACCUCCAAGGUGGGCUACUGCGGUGGUGGCGGUGUACCUGUGGAGGACAUGCAGGCUCUGGCCAUAACCUCCCUGUCGUCUGCAGAUGUGGCUAAACACUACGAGCAUAUUCGCAAGCUGGGCAAGGGCACCUACGGCAAGGUGGACUUGGUGGCACACCGCACACAGGUAUUUUGA